AUGCUGUCGAUCAGUAAUCAACUAUCACUAGUCAGGGCCAGUCAAACUUGUUUUUCGCAUCUCCUCGAAUCAUCUCAAAGCCGCUCAGUCUUGCAAUGGCUGGUUGCAAAUGGUUAGUGCUCGUAAUUCUGGUGAUCGGAACCGCUGCCCAGGAGUCCGAUUUUGAUGAUAACACUUGUGGCCGACAGAAGGUGAAGUUGGGCGGAUUAGUGAAAGGAGGCUUCAAGGCUCGUGCUGGUGAGUGGCCUUGGCAUGUAGCUUUGUUUCACCGCAUUGGCGCUAGUUCUGCCUUCGAUUACCAGUGCGGCGGAAGCUUAGUACACAAAUACUUAGUAGUAACCGCAGCCCAUUGCGUAACACUACAGUCGAGCAGGAAACCGAAAGCAGCUCGAGAUAUACUUGUGAAAGUCGGUCGCUUCAACAUAGCGGAAGAACGUGAGGAGCAAGGGCGAGAACAUAAAGUGCAAACAAUUGUGACGCACCGCAGCUAUAAACCGCUAACGUGGGAAAAUGAUAUUGCGAUCUUGAAGCUGUCAGUUCCAGCCAUUUUUACGCAGUUUGUUCAACCUAUAUGCUUAUGGAAGCGAGAUGACGGAAUCGUAUUACCAAAUAUCUACGGUCUCACCGGCACGGUGGUCGGUUGGGGAUUGACAGAUGAAAAUGUAACGUCUUCACUGUUAAAUACAGCCAAGAUGCCGGUAGUUUCCACUCAGCAGUGUUUGGAGAGUGAUCGUAAUUUUUUCGGGAAAUUUUUAUAUGCCAAAAUGUUUUGCGCUGGGUUCAAGAAUGGAACCGGAGUUUGUAACGGAGACAGCGGUGGUGGAAUGUACUUCGAACAUGGUGGACAAUGGUACUUGCGUGGUAUUGUUUCUUUCAGUACUACUCAAAGCACGACGUCGAUUUGUAAUCUCCAACAGUUCGUAGGGUUUACCGAUGCCGGUCAGUAUCUGGAAUGGAUUUAUGAAAACGCACCGAUCAACGAAAACUCCGAUCCGAUACUUGGGCAUCCAAACAUUCGUCUCAUCAAUCAGGGCGAUUGUGGAAAGAACGAAUAUGCGUACGAUGUUCAGGAGGAAAGCAAACCGAUGAUAUUACAGUAUCUGUGGAUGGCAGCACUGCGCCAUCCUUUCCAAGAUCCGAAGUACGUCCCAUGCAACGGAGUUUUGAUUAAUAGAAACUAUGUCCUAUCCACAAACUGUCUCGACUGGAAUGAUGAUGUGAACGUAGUAUUGGGCGAUUAUAUUACCAGUCAAACUAGAGAUUGCGAGAAACGAAACAGUGAAUACGAUACAUGUUCAAGUCCGGUACAAAGUGUUACUGUAACAGAGUAUUUUGAGAAAGAUCAACUCAUUCUGGCACGCCUCUCGUCACCGGCUUACAUUGGCCGUCAGCCACACAUUCAAGCAAUUUGUUUGCCGACUACCCCUGAGCAACGGGAACGAAUUUUUCCGAAAUAUAUCUUGACCGGUUGGAAGGAGUCGGGUAACAAUUCGUAUUACCUGCAGCGACAGAUAGUUGACCGCAUCAAUCUGCAGCAAUGCCGCAAAGAAAUGGCCGAAUAUGAGUACGCUACCGAAUAUGAGAAAAAUAUCACUGACUCGAAAAUUUGUGUACGCAAUGUUGGCGUUAAAGGUCGUGCUCCGUUCUGCGAUGAUUAUCAACCCGGAACGGUAAUCCAGACAAUCGAUAAGAAGGCCAAUCGAUACUUCCUGUACGGCAUUCAAACGGGGAUUUCAUAUUGCUCCAAACCGGAGACGUUUAUUGCGGUGGCGAAACUUGUCGAAUGGAUUCUGGACAAUAUUAGACCAUGAAAAGGGUGGUUUAAAAAUACUUAAACGAAAAAAAUAUACUCAAAACUAUUUCAAAAAUACCAUAAACUAGUAAAUUUUGUAAUUGCCACGAAAUAUUAUAGGAUGGUUUUGGACAGUGGUUCCCAAGCUGAUUCCAGUAGAAAACUGAUAAUUUGCUCAUCAACCUUUUCUGAAUACAUGAACCAUACGUAAAUAUUGUUACAAAAGUACUGUUUUGUUGUUCAAUGAAGAUGUUGAUUGAAAAUUGUGAAAUUUUCAAAAUUUAUUUGAUCACAAUUAAAAUGCUUUAGUCAUGAAAUUUCCAGAUUUGCUAGUAAAUUAAAAUUCAAUCUCUGGCUCUUGAAAUACGAAUUUAGGUUAAGUUUUCAUUUGAUACUUCUACCAAAAGGGUAUUCGAUCCUCCUACACCGUUCGCAGAUACGUACGUAUUUCAGUUGCUACAUAAAACCCAUCAUCAGUGCUUAUAUGGGCUGCUAAGAAAUUUAUUUUUUGAAAUUCGAUUUUCGAUAUAUUGUGAGUCUGAGUACAUAAUCUAAAAGCUGAAUAGUUUUUGAAUGUACACCCGAUUAGUGAUUUCUUGUAGUCAGAGAACUUUCGAAUAUCAAUUUUUAUGCUUAAAGUUUCGAUUUCUACAAUUCGUUAUAAAAGUUUUUGCUCUAGAGUUUCAAGAUUUAGAAAUUGAAUCUCGAAUUAAACAUUCGAUUUUCAACACAAAGCUACGUCAAAGUUUCACUACAGAGGUGUAAAAUGAAAAUCUAAAAAUGAAACAGUAUAUGAAAUUUGUCCAUUGUCAAUUGUUUAUAACUCGGAUAGCUUUCAACGGAUUCCCGUCAGGAUGAAUAACCUCUUUGCAUGUGACAAAAUUGGGAUAGACAUAAUUUGAAAAAAAAGGUGGGGCCACUUGCAACAUGCAUCUAAAAUAAACGACGCAGCAGCAGAGGGUUAUGAUGUCGAGAGCCGAAAAACUUCAACACAACCACAUUACAAAAAUAUAUGAUUUCUAAUAUCUGCUCUCAGGUUUUUUCGAGUGUCGGCUAUUAGGGUAUGAUUUCUGCAUUAUCUUUCAAAUUGUUGUUUCGAGGUUCGAAUUUAAAUUUUUGAAUAAAAACUUCCAAAUUCCUAUCUCCGAACUUCGGAUAUUAAA